AUGUUCAGUCAGUGGAAAACCUUCACUUCAGACAAGAAACAUAAAGUUUCCAACCGCAUAUCAAUGCCCAAAGUCACUUUUAAUUACCCAAUAAAUGACAUAAAGAAUCAAUGUCUUCCAGAUACAUUCAUUCUCUUACCGAAGUCAACAGCAGCGAUCGCUGAACAAAAGUCGAGAAGCAUUGUUUCUAUACAUUCUUGUCACGAUCAUGAAAAUGAUAAUAAAAACAAUGGUUUGCUUUUUGCAUUCAGUUUCUUAAAGGGAUUUGUUGCAAUUGACGUAAGAUCUUUGCGAAUAUAUUCUGAAAUAAUUGGAAUAAAAAAAUGUUUAAUAUUUUUGAGAGUGAUCGUGAAGUUGAUGUCGUUUGCAGACAAAUCCAAUAGACAGACGAUUCACAUCAACUUCAAAAAUACUUAA